AUGGAGAGCCGCAUCGUUCCCGUGGCAUUUCUCUCGUUUGUGAUGAUGCUGGAGGCGCAGAUGGUUUGCUGGCAGGCGCUGAUGCGAUGUCACGAAGAACAUGAUUGUGAGCUUGCAUAUAACCAGUAUUUGACGGCAUGCGAUGGGAUCAUCCGCGGAGGCAGACGCCAGUGUCCAAGCCAUUGCAUCAGCGCGCUUAUCCGCCUUAACCAGACCACAAACGGCCCGUUUCUAGAGACCUGUGACUGCGGGAUCGACCCCGAGUGCCUGCGGGCCAAACGAGCCGUCGAGCCCUGUCUGCCGCGGACGCAUCCAGGUGAUGCCGAUGGGAUCGGUUGCACCGAAGCGCGCCAGCGAUGUGAAGACGAGCCCAGCUGUCAGUCAUCCCUCACCGCAUAUCUAUCCCACUGCGGACAGCUGUUCAACGGGAGGAAGUGUUCGUCUCGGUGCAGAGCCACCAUCGAGGAGCUGCUGUUCAUGCCGAACGGCGUGCUGCUGAACCAAUGCGUGUGUGACGGGCUGGAGAGGCCGUUUUGUGAGGUGGUCAAACAGAAUAUGGUCAAACUGUGUUCGAUAGGAGACAACAGCGUCUCCAUGGACCACGAUGGCACAGACGAUGCAUAUGAGGACGAGGAUUACGAGGCGACUGAUGCUGAUGCGGUGAUGUCGUUUACAAGCGCUUUGACUCUUUCUCAACACGUGGCUUUGCUGUGCAUUGCAUUUGCUCUUGCGUUCACACUUUAAAGUGGACAUUUGUGACCCUGGAGCACAAAACCAGUCAUAAGGGUCACUGAAAUGUAUG